AUGGGACCAUCGAUUAGGUCUCCAAAAGCGCUCUAUCUGCUUCCGCUUAUUGCAAUUGUCCUGCUCUGCCUGCGAUGGUUUACCCCGCAACUUCCCAAUCUGAUACAGGAGAAUACAAAACCCAAGUUGGCCUACGCGACGUUAUUGCUACCAGACACAAGUUCCAACCCCUCCCGCAAGACAGACCUAUACUUCCUCAGCACCCGGAUCCUCAAUUACCAGCUCCUCCACGACAAACGCACACGCACAACGCGCGCGAUACCCUUUCUUGUCCUUGUCACGUCUGACAUUCCUCCGUGGAAAUGCGAUCACUUGAAGCGGGAAGGCGCUACUAUCGUGCGAGUGGAAAAACUUGAUGUAGAUUGGAUUAAGCCGGGGCACGAGAGAUGGCGGAACGUCAUGAUCAAGCUAAGGCUUUUCGAACUCCUGAAAUACGAUCGGAUUCUGUUCCUAGACGCAGACACGUUUCUUUUUAAACCUCUCGACGGCGUAUUCGCAGAUCCCGCAGCACAAAUCCAGCAGACUCUGCAACAGGCGAGCAUUGAGCCUGACGAAAGCCCUCUUCCCGAAUCGUAUGUCUUCGGAACCAGCUCCGAAGUCACGACCGCAAGCCACUCAUACCCGCCUGUGCCGAUGGGGUAUUUCAACGCCGGGUUCUUCGUCAUGUCUCCAUCGCUCAAGCUCUUCACAUAUUACCUCUCACUCUUCGGUAACACCAGCCGCUUCGAUACCACGUAUCCCGAGCAGAAUCUUUUGAAUUAUGCGCACAGGGAGGAUCGUAAUAUGCCUUGGGGUCGGCUCAAUUAUAGCUGGAAUAUCAAUUUGCCGCUUCCGCGGGAUGUGGAAAUGGGGGUUGCGAGUGUUCAUGCGAAGUUGUGGGCCAAGGGGAACGAGCUGACGCCUAUUGAGCAGGAAUUGCAGGAUAUUUGGCGGGUGAAGAGGGAGGAGAUGGAGAUAUGGACGGGAUUUGGGAGUGGUAGAAUGUGA